AUGCCGAACAUUGUCGUUAUCGGUGCCGGCGUCGCGGGCUUGACGACUGCUCUGCUUCUAGCCCGCGACCCCAAGAACCGCGUCACGGUUUUGGCCCGCCAUAUGCCGGGCGACUACGACAUUGAAUACACCUCGCCUUGGGCAGGCGCAGAUUUUUUACCCCGGUGGGAGUGCGAGACGUGGCCGGAGCUGCGGCGGCUGGCAGCCGACGUGCCCGAGGCCGGCAUCCACUUUCAAAAGUCGCUGAUCUUGCGCCGCGGCAAGAAGGCCACAGUGGCAUCUGUGGCUCCCGCUGCCGACGGCGACACGGCUCUCAAGUUGCCCGACGCAUCAGGUGACGACGACCCCUGGUUCAGCACGCUCGUGGACGACUACCGCGACGUGCCGGCCGACCAUGUGCCGCUUGGCUUCGCGUCGGCGUCCGAGUUCACGUCGGUGUGCAUCAACACGGCACUGUACCUGCCGUGGCUCGUCGGACAGUGCCGCGCGCUCGGCGUCGUGCUGCGGCGGGCCGUCCUCCAGCACGUGACGGAGGCGGCGUCGUUUGCCAACCUCGCGGUGCAGGCAGACGGGACGACGGCCGCCCAGUCGGCCGAGGAGGUGCUGGACCACAGCGACACCAUCGUGGUGAACUGCAGCGGUCUGCUGGCGUGCCGCCUCGGCGGAGUCAUGGACAAGGCGGUGCAGCCGGCGCGCGGACAGGUGGUCGUGGUGCGCGACGAGCUGAGCCCGAUGCUCAGCGCGGGUCGCGCGGCCGACCGCUACGGGGCCCCCCCGCACAGUGAGACGGUGUACAGCAUGAUGCGGGCGGCGGGCGGCGGCACCGUCAUUGGCGGGACGUACCAGGUGGGCAACUGGGAGAGCCAGCCGGACCCGAACACGGCGCUGCGGCUGCUGGCGCGGAUCGCGGCGACACACCCGACGCUGGUGGCGGCGGGCAAGACGGCGGCGGACUUGGAUGUGAUUCGGCACGGCGUGGGCCUGCGGCCAUACCGGGAGGGCGGUGUGCGGCUGGAGUCCGAGCAGAUCGAUCUGGUCAAAGGACUGGGCACCGGCAAAGUCUGGGUGGUGCACAACUACGGCCACGCUGGCUGGGGCUACCAGGGCUCGUAUGGGUGUUCGCAGCGCGUCGUCGAGCUGGUGGCCGAGAUUGUCGCAGGAAAGCUGGGCACGGCAUAA